CGAGCAUGUCUGUUAUGUAAGAAUCUGGUAGUCAAAGGGUUGGGCCGUGUUACAUGAAGGGUGGUUGGUCUGUGGGAGAGAGACUGAUAGACGGAGAGUGGGGAGAAACAGGGAGUGUGAUAAGGGGGCAGGGUUGAGAGAAACAUAAAGUAACAUUGGAGAGUGGGGGGAGAGGCACACAGAGAGAGAGAGAGAGAGAGAGAGAUGAGAGGUUAGGAGUCGCUAGUUCACAAGAUAAUCAGAGACAGGCCACUGAUUCAGAGCUUGGUGCACAGCUGGUGUGAUGGGCGAAGAGGCUGCAGGCUAACGCAGAGUGGAAGGACAGUGACAAUGUGCUAUGAGUGUUGGAUUUAACACACUGGAGAAUAUGAUCAGCUCAAUAACCCAAGUAUCAAACAGGGAACACUUGGACACCACAGGUGGAGGACACACUUUGGAUCUGCUGACCAGGGGAGAGCGGCAGGUUGGACGUUGCUUUGAAGUCCUUUGGAGAUAACUAACAACAAGGCAGGGUGCGGACGUCGCCCCGCGUCUAGCAUCACUGGGGGACACUGGAGGAGGUGUUAUUUUUCAUGCUCCGCAUUUUCUGACUGACAGUUUAGUGGCGUGUGGCGUAUUUAGUUUGGACAAGGAGGGACAAGCGUUGCACAAAAUAGAUCCGCACUUCCAGACCCGUGCAUUGCAACUUUUGGUGCAGAUGACACAACUAUGGAUGCGAGCAGCGAGCAAAAAGAAGUGGAUUACAAACUGGUAGAUCUGUCACGUCCUGCCAGGUUGUCAGUCCUGAUAAGGUGUUUGAACCAUGUGGUCCACUGAGAGCAUGGAGCCGGAGAAAGCGCACACCCAGAGCACCUUCUACCAUAAAGUAGAUGUGCCUGACCAUGCUCACUACAUUGUUGCGUUGUUCGUCUUUGUCAUCGGGGCACUGGGCAUCACAGGGAACGCCCUGGUCAUGUUUGCCUUCUAUAGCAACAAGAAGCUUCGGAACCUGCCUAACUACUUCAUUGUGAACCUGGCGAUCAGUGACUUCCUCAUGGCUUUCACACAGUCUCCCAUCUUCUUCAUCAACUGCCUCUACAAGGGAUGGGUAUUUGGAGAGAUGGGAUGUAAGAUGUAUGCAUUCUGCGGCGCCUUGUUUGGCAUUUCCUCCAUGAUAAACCUCCUGGCCAUCUCCAUUGACCGCUAUCUGGUUAUCACCAAGCCCCUGCAGACCAUACACUGGACCUCCAAACGAAGAACCACUCUCGCCAUCCUCAUGGUCUGGCUUUACUCCCUGGCGUGGAGUCUGGCUCCUCUAGUUGGUUGGAGCUCUUAUAUCCCAGAGGGCCUGAUGACAUCUUGUACUUGGGAUUACGUUACAUACACAGCCGCGAAUAGGAGCUACACGAUGAUGCUGUGCUGUUUUGUCUUCUUUAUCCCACUGGGAAUCAUCUUCUACUGCUACUUACGAAUGUUUCAGUCCAUAAGGAAGACGAGCAGGGAGGUAGAACGUCUGGGCACUCAGGUGAGGAAAUCCACUCUGAUCCAGCAGAAGUCCAUCAGGAGUGAGUGGAAAUUGGCAAAAAUCGCCUUCGUUGUCAUUGUGGUCUAUGUCCUCUCCUGGUCACCAUAUGCCUGUGUCACGUUGAUUUCCUGGUCUGGCCAUUCCAACAUCUUGUCACCGUACUCCAAGGCCGUCCCUGCAGUCAUAGCAAAAGCCUCCGCUAUAUACAAUCCUAUCAUCUAUGCUAUCAUACACAACAAAUACAGAAUGACUCUGGCAGAGAAAGUUCCCUGCUUGAGGUUUCUGUCUCCCGCCCCUCGAAAGGAAUGCAUCUCCUCCUCUAUCAGCGAGUCCUCUUUCAGGGACUCCAUCAUCAGCAGGCAGUCCACAGCGUCAAGGACUCACUUCUUUACCUCCUCUACCUCCAGCCCUACCAACAGGGUAUUGAGGGAUGUGGAGAUGGAGCAUCUGGGCAGAAAGUCAGAGGAUUCCUUCAGGAGCACGUCAUCCUACAGUCAGUCCUACAGAGGCAGGUCUCAUAAGAGACACUUACAGCGGAAAACAACCAAGACCCACACAACUGAAAAGCAUCCGUCUGCCAUGAGUGAACCACUGAGCACCAAUGACCGCGAGCUGGUUUCCAGCUCUCUGACUAUCGCCGCUCUCCCUCUACUAGUUCUUACCAGGAGGCGCAGCCAGAGCCUGACCAAUGAGACUUCGGACGCAUGCGACAAGAAAGGCAGCUUCGGUGCUGGUCUGAACAACCACAGGAGCGACUCUUUUGAUUCCCUGAAUUUUGGACGAAUCUCAUCCACCGACUGCAGGCCGCCUCAGGGCGUCCCGCGCAUAAUCGUCAUCAGUCCCACCAGCGAAAGCAGCCUCGUCAAACACGACAGCGUCUGCUUAGAAGACAGCAUCGAGGCGAUGGAGAACAAUGUUUUUGUUAGCCUGAACUUCUCAUCGGAAGUCUUUGAGGCAGUGGAGCUGCUCUCCUGACGAGCUGGAUUUAUGACGCAUGUGCGCGCUCCGUUUCAGUUUAAGUUAAACUAUUUAUUUUGAUCACAGACAACAAAGAGCACAAACUUUUCUCUGCAGGCCCAGAGGCGUGGUGGAUGUGGACAGUUUUCACCCACUCCUCUGUUUUUCAGCUUGUGCACCCGUCUUGAAAAUCAAAGUCGGAGCCACUUGCUUUGAUAGCAGGAGAGCAGAGGGAAAGCAGGUACGGGUGGACCUGAUUCUGGCAGGCACAGGAGGCAGCCUAAGGGUCAGAGUAUGAGUUGUGCUUUUGUGAGAUCCCUCAAAAAUGACAAAUAUAACAACAUAUUUUCAUCACCUCGGGGCUCAAGAUUGGCAGCCUGGAUUCCAAGUUUAAGGUCUUUGGACUGAAAGUUUGGUGGAAGAGGUGGAGUGACAGAAUUUUGGUAAAUUUAGACCCUCGUCAUACUGUACAUGUAGGUUCUCUGUGAAAUUAUACAAGUUUGUUUAGGAAUGACGUUCUUCUGCUUUAAAAAUGCAAUGAAAUGGGAAACAUCACAACACAUCAAGAACUGAAUGCAUUGCUCAUUGAACACUUCAUAGUAAAUGUUACACUUUUAUUUAAAAGUUUCCCCGUUCAAAUCAAUCAAUCAUUAGUGUUUGUGUACUGUACGUCUAGCUAUCUUUGUGAGGGUCAGUGGAAAGUUUCAACACUGGAGUGAAGACAUUUUAGAUUUUGAGGUUCUUUCAAAGGGCUUUUUGUUAAGAUCUGGUUUUAGGGUUGGUUUGGUUUGAACUGAGGUAAAGUUUGAAGCUGUGCGAGCCGCCAUCGCUCAAACCACCAGCCCUGCAAUCAGAAGACAACGUCAAGACGCUUGGCUGCACUGCCACCUGAACCACAGCCACGCACACUGAGAUGGCUGAGGUUCAGGACAUGUCCUCCCAAAGACAGCCACACAAAUGUGUAUGUGUGCGUGUCUAAUUGCAAAAGCAUGAAUCAGUGACAAACUCAGUGGAAAAAUCAUCAUAUUCAGAUGUUGUUUUUUUCAGUGCACAUAUGUGACAGCCGCUGUACGGCCAAGGGGAUACAUUGUAGCAUUAACCAUGGAUCCAAAUAAAGCACCAUGGAUUUCAGCAGCCCUGUAACUGACAGUAAUCGUAUUUACUCAUCAGAAUUAAAAUAACUUAACUUUGCCUGUGCAAUAUUUGUGUCGGGAGGCCCAAAACCACCAUAAUCAUAAAUAAAUUAACCCAUUUCCUGACUAGCCAUUUCAUCACUCAAUUAAAUAUAUAGACUACUAUAUAUAUAGUAUAUGAAAUCACAAAUUCAGCGUCAUCACUCUGAUUUCCUUUUUUUUCUGACUGCACAUGUAGAACUAAGUAUAGAAAAAAAAAAAAAAAUUAAAGUGAUGAAACUGACUUUCUGAUUUUGUUGCCAAGCUCCAUUAGAGAGCAUUUAGGCGGUUAAGCGUAUUUAAAACAAAUUGACGGUGCAGAUGAAUGCACUCUGAGCUGUCAUCAGUGAGCAGCAGAUGCAGCAAAUUUUAGGCUUCAACCGCCAUAUGGACAAGCAGAGGAAAACGAAAGUGCUCACAUGAAGGUCACUAGUUGAUUCGCUUGCGUGCGACACCAUAUUGGGUUCUCUGUGUUGUUGUUGUUGUUGUUGUUUUUUCUGUCUACCUUACAAUGUGUUAUUAUUUAAAUUAUUACUUUCAAAUGAUGUUAAAUUGACCAUAGAAGCAAGGGACAUGAGGGGAAUACUUUGGUUGUUGCUGUGCUGUCUACACGGGGACCUUUGCCCUCUCGCCCCUCUCAUUCAGUUUAAAUGCUACUGGAGUUUUUGAUAGUUUUAAAAUAGAUUUUUUUUCUUUUAAAUAUGUCUCAUGAAGAGACUCACGCUGACUCUUUUCUACAGCAAAAAGUAUAUAUAUAUUUAUUCUCCUACGUGUCCGUCUGUCACUUUCGUUCACAUUAAGUUGACAGUUAACACCAGGAAGCACCACCUCCAGGGCUGAGUAUACAAAUAUAAUCCAGAGCAGAAAGGUAACACGACACCUCAGAGCCUUUGGAAUAAAGACAGUAAAAACUGGAGUUUGGAGAAAUUACCCUUAAAUAAAUCAUUCACAAUUCUUUUGUCUUGACCACCCUGCCGUCAGACCUUAAAGUAUGUAGGCGAUGUGCAGGUGGAGAUGCAUACUCUGCAGACUGCACUGUUUGUUCAUACUCCUUUGGACUGAGCAUUUAUCUUAUUUAUUGAUUGAUUUUUUUAUUUUAUUUAUUUUUUACCCACAAUAACCUUUCUUUAAUGCAUUUCUGUGUUGUGGACUGAUUGUGUAACGUGUCGUUCAUGCCGCACUGCUGAUGUUUUAUGUGCUGCUUUUGUUUUUCUUUUGUGCUACUGUAAUACUGUCUUAAAAAUCGAUGUAUUGUCAUGUGGCACCUGUAGGACCAAAUUUACGGUGUUAAAAACUUGGGGUUUGUUUUCACCGAGGCUGUGUUCGUAAAAUAAAUAAACUUGUAUUGAACUG